AUGGCAGCUGCUGUAAAACAUACAAAUGUUUUCACUAUUUAUGUCAUAAAAACAAAGAAUACAGUCAUAAAAAACCGUCCAAUUGUAACCUGUUGGAACGUUCGAGCCAGCCUCGGAGAUAAGAACGUCAACCUGAGAUGUGUGGUAGAGGCAAGACCACCAACCACAACGAGAGUUUGGCAGCUGAGCAACAACAACAACAAUGAUGAUGAUGAUGAUGAGUCAUCACCUAUACAGCAGAGCCAGAUGAUGAAUGAUUACUGGACAGAGGUUCUUCCAUUGACGGGAACAUGUCAAUUAGACGUUGAAAUGCUCUUCCCGACGAUACCAGACGAAUUCAAAACAUUUCACCAUACAACAACUGGUGCACGUUUUGUUACGAACACAUGUGAACAUUGUAUGCACGAAUGGGACGGAUCCAAGAUUUUGGGAUCCGUGGAUCCGGAUCCGAAUCCGGAUCUCGACGAUGGAUCCGGACGGAUCCGAAUCCGAAUCCGGAUCCAAGUUGUAUGCGUUGAUUUUGGACCCGUAAAACGCCGAAUCCUCAAUUUAGGAUCCGCGGAUCCGAAUCUUUUCCGAAUCCCUGGAUUCGGAUCCGAAUUCGAAUCCGGAUUCGGAACCGUCGCAUUCCUACUACAAAUGUAUGAACAUACAAACAUAUGCAAGUACAAAGCAUUAGAAAACUUUAAAUUUAUACGUUUUAUAGUAAAAAGCAACUUAUAA